AUGAUGACAGCACGUGCCGGACAGUUCCUCCUUAGGGCUCCCCCUCCUCCUGGCACUGCCGCCACUCUCCCCCGCCGUCUCUUCGCCGCCUUCCACGAUCCCUUCGCACCCAACUACCCCCAGACUGCCGAGCAGCAAAGAGAUCCCAGGCCUCAGAAUGGCACCACAGUAGGAGAUCCUUCUGCUGUAGCGCCCAGUUCGUAUCCCUAUGCGAAUAACUCGCCCUUCGAGGCCCCCGCGGGGCCCCUCUCCACCAGCACCUACGAUCCUUCCCAAGCCGGCGCCCCCUAUGGACAGUUUGGAGUCGCCGAUGGCGGAGCAAGCGCAUACUGCACACCUCCAGGAGGGGCCCACCCUGGUGGCGUCCCCGAAGGCCCCUACGGGGGAACGGCUUAUGCUUACCAGCCAAGUGUUGCCCCUUUUCCUCCUUACCAUGGAGCCUCUCCCUACGCCCCGCCUCCCGUCGGCGGGGUAGGGUACUACCCCCCACCGCCGAUGGGGGGCCCCUAUGGAAUGGCUCCGACGUAUCCCGGUCCUGCCCAGCAAGGCCAGGCUGCGUGGGGCCCCUCUCAACCUCAAGGUGGCGCUGCAUGGGGCACGCAGGGGCCUCGUGGAGGCCUUCAGAGCUCUCCCGCGAAUGAGGGAGGGGGUCCCCCUCCCUUGACUGCGCGGGAGAGGCAGCGCCAGUUCUUGAGCGCUGCCCUCUUGGGAGAGCUAGACGCUCUAGAAGCGAAGAACAGCGUCUCCCUGUACUUGCAAGGUCUCAAUGGGGCCAAGCUGGCGGGCAGGCUGGGCCCCAAGGAGUGGCUGUACGCUACAAAUGUGCUGAAUGAGCUCCUGCGCCGUGAGGAACAAGAUGAAGCAGAUUUUGGUCUGCUGCUGCAGCAGCAGCUGCUCCUGUUGCAGCAGCUUCGGCAGUUGCUGCGGGGCGGACGAAGCAACUUCCUCCCCCACGAUGUAGCUCUUCUGGCUGCAAAUGCAGCGCGCAUGCAGGCACUCUUCUCGAUGCACUUCCUUACGAGAGAGGGAGCGCAGAAGGCACGUGAUGUCCUAGCGAAUCCCUCGCCCGCCUUGCGGCAGGCGCUGCAGAUAGCGGCAGGGGAGGAGACAGCCGGCGCUGCAAGUACCAAGGGUGAGGGGCCCCUUUCUCUCAGCCUCUACAGGGGUCUCUGUGACGACCUUGUCUCGGAGCUGAUCUUCUGCUGCGCCAAGAAGGUUGAGGCAUACCCUGCCUCAACGCAGCCCUCCCAUGUUAGGGCCCUUCCAACGUUGAUGCGGGCAGCUCCGGCGCAGCUGUUGCCGAGGGAGCCGCAGCAGCACCAGCAGCAGCAGAUGCAGCAGCAGAUGCAGUACACUGUAAAGCGCGUCAAGGCCGUCUGGACCGAAGUUCUCCUCCGUAUCUGUCCCCUCUUGGGGAGAUACGAAGUUCUCCAACUGCUCCAAAUCCUUCACGGGGCCUCUGCUCUAGCAAAUCGGAAAGUUAUUCGGGAUAACGACCUUCUCACCCUUACCCAAGCUGCGGGGGCACUCCUGGAUCAGGAGCGGUUUGUAGCGGAGGUUUCAGAGGCACAACGCGCACGCAUCUUACAGGAAUUCUUCAGAUGGUCUAUCGAGACGAAUGCGCCUUUCGCAUUUGUUCGGCAUGUGGCAUGGAAGUCGACGCGUUUAUUCAAACUGAAUGUCAGAUGGCUCUCCUCGAAUGAAACUGCCCGGCUUCUGCCACUCAUCUGCGCGAACCGCGUCCUCUAGCGCUUUUCGGGUUUAAUAGUCCAUCUUUUGCACGAGGCUGCGGGGCUCGACGAACUGCCACGUUCGCAGUCGAUUGUAUUUGCGCGUCUCUGCUGGGCCCUCUGCGCGCUAAAGGCCUUCGACCCGGCAGUGGCUGGGGACUCUUGGGAGGCCUCCGAAGCUGCGCGCCUGCUGCAGAGCGCGAUAAAGAGAAUAGAGGCAGAUCAUGCAGCUUCGCUUGCUCUUCUGCCGGAUAUUCUCACUGAGGUAGAGCUUUCUAAGGACUUGCUGCCACACUUUCAAGUGCCGCCAUCUCUAGAGGCGGCAGCGGCAGAGGCAUCCCGUGUGCAGGCAGCACUGGAUAGACGCCAGAGCCGCCGUCUGCAUUUUACGCUAAGAAGGGCCCUCGAAAAGCUGGGGGCUGAGGUGGUACCUGCCGCCUCUCAGGACGAAGAGACUGACCUAGGCCAGGUGCAAGGGGACGGCGGCCCAGGUAUUGAUGUAGAGGAGCAGCUGCAGCGGCAACUCCCUUCAAAGAAGACAAACCCUAAUGCAGGGCCUCAGGCAAAAUGGGUUUACAAUGAACAACUUGGACCAUACAAUGUGUCUUUUUAUUGCCCUGCGAGGAAGAGCUGGAGCUAUGCCAAAAUGUGUGUCCUUCCUGCGCUUUCAGACAUUUUGCGUUCUGCCAUAAACGCAGCUCAGCGGGCGGACGAGAUCUGUCCCCCUCGUCACGUGCAGCUCCAGGCUCUGCUCAAGAGGGUAUCUCGGCAGAAGCCUAAGGCAGAAGAGGUUACGGCUGCUGUAGCAGAGGCCUCAACAACAGGAACAAAGGGCCAGUGA